GGCGUCCCAAAAGUUUGGUUUUUUUUCGGGAGGGGAACGCGCCUGUGCCUGACUCCCCCCGGACCCGCUGAGCCGCCGCCGGUCGCAGGUUUCUCCCCUUUGCCCCGCUCUGCUCGGUUCUGAUCCAAAGGGCCGCCCAGCUGGAAUGAAUAGACCUGAGCCCAGUUACUGUAGAGAGGAGAUAUCGCAACCCAGGGGCGGCCGUUCAUGGGGACCCACUGCGGCCCCCGCCGCUGAGCCCGGCCUCGCCUACCAGCCGACCCCCGGGGCAGACUCCGCUUCCAGCCGGACCCCCAGCCCCGAGCCCGGCUUUGGAUUUCGCCCAGGCGCGGCGGGGGGAGAGCCAGGCGCGCUCGCGUCAGCGCCCAGCCGCUCGCCGAGCCCGGAUCCCGGGUAUGGAUACAGUCCCACCUCGGGCAGAGCCGAGGGGAAGCCGGGGGAGGAUUCGCGGAUCCGCCGCCCCAUGAACGCCUUCAUGGUGUGGGCCAAGGACGAGCGCAAGCGGCUGGCGCAGCAGAACCCGGACCUGCACAACGCGGUGCUGAGCAAGAUGUUGGGCCAGUCAUGGAAAGCCCUGAGUGCCAGUGACAAGCGGCCCUUUGUGGAGGAAGCGGAGAGGCUGCGAAUUCAGCAUCUGCAGGACCAUCCCAACUACAAGUACCGCCCAAGGAGGAAGAAGCAAGCCAAGAAAAUCAAGAGGAUGGAACCCAAUAUCCUUCUCCACAACCUUUCCCAGCCAUGCAGCGACAGCUUCAGCAUGAAUCAUCAUAGUGGCAGCCAGCCUGGCCAUCACCAGCCUCCCCCACUUAACCACUUCAGAGAACUCCGCUCCAUGGGGUCGGAUAUUGAAAACUACGGCUUGCCAACUCCCGAGAUGUCUCCCUUGGAUGUCUUGGAACAGACCGAGCCAGCGUUUUUCCCUCCUCACAUGCAGGAUGACUGCAGCAUGAUCCCCUUUAGAGGCUAUCAUCCCCAUCACCAGAUGGAGUUUCCCCCAGAGAAGCCCAUGGGGCGGGACAUGGCACUGCCCUAUGCUCAGACCCCAUCACAUUUGGCUGAUACUAUGAGGACUCCCCAUCCAUCUAGCAUGUACUACAACCAGAUUUGCUCUGGACCGCAGAAUAUCCUUUCUGCCCAUCUAGGCCAGCUCUCACCCCCUCCCGAAGCCCAUCACGUUGACAGCGUAGAUCACUUAAAUCAAACUGAGCUUUGGACAGAUGUUGACCGCAAUGAGUUUGACCAGUAUUUGAACAUGAGCAGGACUCGUCCUGAAACCUCAGGACUCCCUUACCAUGUCUCCCUGUCCAAAGUGACUCCGAGAAGUAUCUCCUGUGAGGAGAGCAGUUUGAUAUCUGCAUUGUCUGAUGCCAGCAGUGCUGUCUACUAUAGCUCCUGCAUCACAGGCUAGGUCUGCCCCACUGCACGAUGUGCUCACCCUGGAGAACGUAUGACCCUUCAGUGCAGAGUCUCCUUUAAAAAAAGAAAAGCCAUCUUCCUUUAACCAUUGAGCUCCAUAAUAUUUAGAGUAUCUCAUUAAAUGCAUCGCUUUUUUUAAAACAUGCUGAAAUCACUGAUAUACUGUAUAACUAUAUAACACAAAUAGAUGCAUUUUCCAACGCAGAGGGUUAACAUAGACAAGAGGUCAGCCUAUGGCACUCCAUCUCUUAACUCUGUGCCAACUGGAAAAUAUGGCAAAGCUUCUUACACAUUGUUUUCAGCCGGGCAUAGCUGUAACUUCUAAGAUCAGGUUGUUCUACCGUGUCUUUAGACAAACUGCAGUGAUUCGUGUCUAAAACAACUGCCAAUGGGACCUGCUCAAAUUGACCAUGUUUAACUGAAGGGCAAACUAAAUAGCAUGGGAAACCUUAGAGAUAUUUUUGAAGGGGUUGUUUUAAGACUGGGUGCCUGUUAGAGGUGGUUUUUAGCACAGUUUUCACUGUAUUCUCAGCAAUAUAUUUUAACUGGGCAACGAGGCUAUAUUUUUACUAAGCAUUUUUAUAUAUAAAAUUAUAUUUAAUGUUUGGGGUUUUUUUAUUAUCAAACUUUUUUUAAAAUAAAUCAAAGGAUAUCCAUGAGCUCUACAGCAUUUAUGUAGCGAGGCUGGGUUUUAAAAGAAGAAAUAUUGGGAGAAAAGGGAAUUAUGAUAUCAAUAUUGUUGAAGAAUUGACUAGAAUUCUGCACACUCCCUACCCCUGCCCCCAGAAUAGAACUGCAUACGUUUUUAUUGUCUAGAUCUGUCUGGAGAGCAUACUGGUUCAUUAUUAAAACAUCUUCAUAUAAUUAUUCCCAUCUUGUGUGCUUGUUGUGUGAACACAUAUUUUCCGCAAAUGCAUGUUGUCCCAACCAUUUCCAGAUUCUUGGAUCACUUGAUUAAUGUCCUGACAGCCUAGCAAUUGUAUUAAUUUCAAUAGUAUCGCCCGCCAGCGCUAGGAAGCCUUGUAAAUGCUCUCCAAAGAUAUAUGAAAGGUGGCUAGUGCUCAGAGAAUGUCAGCAGACACAGUCCUCAUGGCUGUCUCACCCUCUCUUAAAUUUCUCAUUUUGUAAGUGUGAAAGACAUGUUCUAUGGGGAAAGCAUCUGUUCUCAGAUAAAUGACAUUUAAUAAAACAUGUGAUAUCCUUCUCUUGA